AUGAGCCGCAACGACUCGCCAACUAAUCGCCCAACUGGCAGGUACCGGACGUUUCGCAACCAAGACAAUACGUUCUUCAUUAUUAACUCUUUGCAGCUACCUCGACGAGCUGAUGAAAGAGCUUCGAACGAUGGCCAACAUAUACCAGACCAAUCACAGUGUCUCAUUUCGAAAUGCGCACGUGAGUCUGCAGAAAAUCGAUGAAAAGCGUCGAAAAUUUGUCAGAAACUUUUGGUGCGUGAAAUUCAACGCGUGUGGGAAGCCGAGAUGAUGAACCGAAGCGCGCCGUCGUUGGUCUCGGAGCACGAACGCAUUCCGGCCGGCAGCGAAGCGAAUUCGUCGUCCCCGCACGUCGAAUUCUCGACGAUCGGACGUCUUUUGCGCGACGGAUCUCCCGAAGAGCGACGUCGUCACAGUUUCAGUCCGAUGACGUACAAAAUGAAGACGUCGUCGACGGUGUUGUCGCCGGCGGCGAAAUCGGAGGACGGCGGAAACUUCGAGAAGACCGAAAAGCUCUUUUUUCCCGAGGACACUGCCGAGUCAGUCAAUUCAACUGUCAAUGAUGGUUUUUACGGGAAAUUUUCAAUUUUUUUUUGCAGAAACUCGAAUCCGAUCGGUCGACUGAUUGGUCCACGUGGAAUGACGAUUCGUCAGCUCGAGAAGGACCUCUCGUGCAAACUGUACAUUCGCGGAAAAGGUAAGAGGCCUAGAAAUCCCUAAACAUGGCCUAACUUUUGCAGGUUGCACCAAGGACGAUGCGAAAGAGUCCCGUUUGCGUGGGCGUUCCGGCUGGGACCAUCUCGACGAACCGAUUCACGUCCUGAUCUCGGUCAGAGGGGAUUCAGAGCAAAAGUAGGCGAUUUUCAAGGGGGGAUACCUAUAAUAUUAUGGUUUCAGGUGCUCGGAGAAGCUGUCUGUGAUCAAGCCACGUCUUCAGGAAUUUUUGGAGCACACUGACUCGGAUCUGAAGCGCUCGCAGCUCAUGCAACUCGCGCUCAUCGAGGGAACACUCAAAAGUUAG